GGAGGAUAUAGCCCGCCUCUGGGGAAGCGCUCCCUCUUUUCCGCCGGGCGGCGCGGCUCAAGAUGGCGGUGCAGAUCUCCAAGAAGCGCAAGUUUGUCGCUGACGGUAUCUUCAAAGCUGAGCUGAAUGAGUUUCUGACUCGUGAACUGGCUGAAGACGGGUACUCUGGGGUAGAAGUCCGGGUCACUCCAACCAGGACUGAGAUUAUCAUACUUGCCACCAGAACUCAAAAUGUCCUGGGUGAGAAGGGACGCCGCAUCCGGGAGCUGACGGCUGUCGUGCAGAAGAGGUUUGGAUUCCCUGAGGGAAGCGUUGAGCUCUAUGCCGAGAAGGUGGCCACAAGAGGUCUGUGUGCAAUCGCCCAGGCGGAGUCGCUGCGAUACAAACUUCUGGGAGGUUUAGCAGUGCGUCGAGCCUGCUAUGGUGUCCUCCGCUUCAUCAUGGAGAGUGGUGCCAAGGGUUGUGAGGUGGUUGUGUCUGGCAAACUCAGAGGUCAGCGUGCCAAGUCCAUGAAGUUCGUGGAUGGCUUGAUGAUCCACAGUGGAGACCCAGUGAAUUACUACGUUGACACAGCUGUGCGUCACGUCCUUCUCCGGCAGGGAGUACUGGGGAUCAAAGUAAAGAUUAUGCUACCCUGGGACCCGAGUGGAAAGAUUGGCCCCAAAAAGCCUCUGCCAGACCAUGUCAGCAUUGUGGAACCCAAAGAAGAGAUCUUGCCCACCACUCCCAUUUCAGAGCAGAAGGGUGGCAAACCAGAACAGCCAGCCAUGCCUCAGCCGGUUCCCACUGCCUGAGGGUUUUAUAACGUCUGCAACCAGAAGCUUGACUGUCCUGAAAACAUCUCUUAAUAAAAUCACAAAAGGCA